CACAAUUACCGUAACCAGUCUUAACUAACAAUUUCAAUGUUUUAAAUUCAAAUUUGGCGCCUUAUUCAAGUGCUUUUCAUAUUUUAAAGUUGUAUAUCAACUUACGUAUUGCGCAGGCAACGUAAUGCGAUUAGGCGGUAUUUCCUAUUUAGACUCGUAACAGCCAUAAGGCCAUAUUUACCAGAUUUUUAUAAUUAUUAAUUGAAGUGAAAAGGCUGGUGUUAGGUUUUUGUUGGAAAUUACAACUAAUUGUUGUGGAGUGGAAAUAAAGCAUUUUGUAAUCUUUGAUCGUCGAUACAAACCCAUUCCCGAACAUCUGGCGCCCAACGUGAGGCGAUUAAAGGAAUAACUGCAAAAUGCCGACGGAUCGCACACCACAUGAACAAACUGCAGGCGAAUACAACCUGAGAAGUAAGGUGCGACAAGGGGCCAUCCCAAAGCAGCAAUAUGUUACGGCAGCGGGUGGCGUAUCGCAGAACGAAGCGGAACAGAUAACACCACUGACGAGGCGAGAAUUGUUUAAAUCAUCAUCGGGUCCGUUUUAUCAGCGAGUAUCGAGUGUUCCGAUAAACGACAGGCAGGACGCAGCUACCGAUAUGUCGGUUCCUGAAUUUUUUCAAAGCUACAUGGCAGGGCAAAAACAUCCGAAGCAGCUGGGGACUAUCAAUCCAGCAGAAAUGGAGAGUGCAUCAGGUUUGCAACCCCAUAUGGUAGAAGCGGGUUAUCAAGGUCUACCACAAGAAGACAAAUUGAUUAGAGAGAAAGGUGGAAGAGAAGAAGGCGGUAAUCAGAAGACCUUAUGUGAACAGGAGAAGGCGAUGGGAAAACCUAAAGCUUUUCCGUGGGAAGAAGAUGGAUUCUGUAGUACUCGUAAUAUUGUAAAUAGUAAUCGUACAUCAAAUCAUUGUUCUAACAACCAUAAUGUAAACCAGUUAGUAACAGACAUUGUUUCACAGGUGAUUGAAAAAUUGCAGCAAAGCGGGCAAGUACCAAACACCAGGUUAUCACGAAACGAUAACGUGCAGGGAUUUAUGCCAAACCCAGAUAUGUUUGAAAUAGAUGAUCGCAGUGCGUGUGAGGACGCUAUACGUAAGUUUAAUAAAUUUGAUAUAAACAAAAGGCUUCCAAUCUUUGACAAUAAGGGCAUGGUUCACCCAUUGGAAUUUUUGGAGCAGGUAGAUUGCUAUUAUAAUUUGAAUAAGGUACCGUAUUCAUACUUCAGAAUGGUAGUUGCGAAUCAAUUUCGAGGCGAAGCCUUAUCGUGGAGUCAAACGCAUAUGCAUACUUUUUCAAAUUUUGACGAAUUUAAAGCAGGCUUUCGAGAUUUUUUCUGGUCAGAUGUGAUUCAAUCUGAAUGUUUAUAUAAUUUAGAAAAAAAUAAAUACUACGCUAGCAUGGGGUCAUUCAGUCAGCAUUUUAUGCGUAGUGUGGCACUAGCGAAACAUAUUUCAUAUCCUGAGCAUUUCAUUAUCCAGAAGCUAUCCAGAAAUUAUCCUCCCCAUAUUGCAACUCAUUUGGUAGGGAUGAAACGCUUUGCGGAUGCGAUAGGACGUUUGCGGCAGGCUGAGUAUUAUUUUGCGCCUGAGGUUAAAAACGUGGAAGUAGAAAAACAAAUCAGUAAUCGCGAAGUGUUGCAAAAACCAAGGUUUCAGUAUAAUAGAAAUUCGUGGGGCGAUAACGCCGCGCGCGCUCAGGAAAGUAACGUUUUUCGUAAUAAAAACAAAUUUGAUCAAAAAAUACCCACGGUUGAAGUUCAAAGCGACUCACUAGCGGAUAACCAUGACAUCCUUUCGGGAAACGACGGGGACUCUCACGAAAAUUAG